GAUGGAGGACAAGCCAUCAUUGAGUAUGGCUCGCUGUGAAGAAAGAAAUUCGAGAGGACAGGAUCAUGGCUUGGAAAGGGUGCCUUUUCCUCCCCAGUUGCACUCAGAGACCUACCUUCACCCAGCAGAUCCUUCCCCUGCCUGGGACGACCCGGGGUCCACUGGGAGCCCUAACUUCAGGCUGCUGACAGAAGAAAUCGCUUUCCAACCUCUGGCCGAGGAGGCUUCGUUCAGAAGGCCACACCCUGACGGUGACGUCCCGCCCCAGGGAGAAGAUAAUCUCCUCUCCCUCCCCUUUCUGCAGAAACUGUGGAGACUGGCCAGCAGCAACCAGUUUUCAUCCAUCUGGUGGGAUGACAGUGGGGCUUGUAUAGUGAUCAAUCAAAAACUCUUUGAAAAGGAGAUUCUCAAAAGGGACGUCGCACACAAAGUGUUUGCCACAACUUCGAUAAAGAGCUUCUUCCGCCAGCUAAACUUGUAUGGCUUCCGAAAACGGCAUCAAUGCACUUUCAGGACCUUCACCCGCAUUUUCUCCGCAAAAAGGCUGGUCUCCAUCUUGAAUAAGUUAGAGUUCUACUGCCAUCCUUACUUUCAAAGAGACUCCCCUCACCUCCUCGUGAGGAUGAAGAGAAGAGUGGGUGUCAAGUCUGCACCAACACAUCAGGAGGAGGACAAGCCAGAAGCUGCUGGAUCCUGUCUGGCACCAGCAGACACUGAGCAACAAGAUCACAUGUCUCCGAAUGAGAAUGACCAGGUCACACCGCAACACCGGGAACCGGCAGGUCCCAACACCCAAAUCAGGAGUGGCUCUGCUCCACCAGCAACUCCUGUGAUGGUGCCCGAUCCCGCCGUGGCGAGUGACAACGCUCCAGUGACCCAGCCGGCCGGCAGGUGGUCAGAGGGCAGCCAGGCUCACGUCACUCCGGUGGCCGCUGUCCCUGGGCCUGCAGCGCUGCCCUUCCUCUAUGUCCCUGGAUCUCCCACUCAGAUGAAUUCUUACGGGCCUGUGGUGGCCCUUCCCACAGCGUCCCGUAGUACCCUGGCCAUGGACACCACAGGACUUCCUGCACCUGGCAUGCUGCCCUUUUGCCAUCUCUGGGUACCGGUGACCCUAGUGGCUGCUGGGGCUGCACAGCCUGCUGCCUCCAUGGCCAUGUUCCCCCGUCUCCCAGCUCUGCACCACCAUUGCCCCCACAGCCACCGCACGUCACAGUACAUGCCAGCUAGCGAUGGGCCCCAGGCGUACCCAGACUACGCAGACCAGAGCACAUAGAGGGGAGCAUUUGGGCAGAAUAUGUGCUGGUCAAUAAAUGUGUCAGAAAAUGAGUAAUUUUCUGACUGCACAAAAAAGUC